AUGGCUUCACUGUACCAGCGGUUCAGCGGGAAGAUCAACACCUCCCGCUCGUUCCCCGUUCCCCCCGAAGCGAGUCACCUCCUGGGCGCCCAGAGCAGCGAGGAGGACGGCGCUGCCGGCAAGACCCCGCGUCCAUUGCAACAGGAAGGCAGCCGGCCCCGCUUCCAGUACCAGUCGCGAAGUGACUGCGAGGAGGAGGAUGAGCUGGUGGGGAGUAAUCCUCCUCAAAGAAACUGGAAAGGAAUUGCAAUUGCCUUACUUGUUAUUCUCGUUAUCUGCUCGCUGAUUGUCACCUCUGUCAUACUCCUGACACCAGUUGAAGAUAACAGCUUGUCUCAGAAGAAGAAGAUAACAGUGGAAGAUCUCUUCAGUGAUGAUUUUAAGAUUCAUGACCCAGAGGCUAAAUGGAUAACUGAUAAUGAAUUCAUUUAUAGAAACCAGAAUGGCACAGUGAUUCUGAGGAAUGUCGAAACCAACAGUUCAACAAUAUUAAUAGAAAACAAAAAAAUUGUCUCCUUAAAGGCUAUCCGGUAUGAAGUGUCACCUGACAGGGAAUAUGCACUAUUUGCCUUCGAUGUGGAACCCGUGUAUCAGCAUUCAUAUACAGCAUAUUAUGUCCUCAGCAAAAUACCUCAUGGGGAUCCCCAGAAUUUGUAUCCCCCUGAGGUCAGCAAUGCAAAGCUUCAGUAUGCUGGUUGGGGUCCAAAAGGGCAACAGCUGAUAUUUAUCUUUGAGAAUAACAUCUAUUACUGUGCCCAUGUGGGGAAACAAGCCAUCCGAGUGGUCUCCACAGGAAAGGAAGGUGUUAUUUUCAAUGGGCUCAGCGACUGGCUGUAUGAAGAGGAGAUCUUGAAGACUCACAUUGCUCAUUGGUGGUCUCCUGAUGGCACCAGGCUGGCAUAUGCAACAAUUAAUGCCUCCAGAGUCCCCACCAUGGAGAUCCCCAUAUAUACAGGCAUCCUUUACCCUACUGUUAAAACAUAUCAUUAUCCAAAGGCUGGAAUGGAAAAUCCAACAAUUUCUUUGCAUGUGAUUGGUCUGAAUGGACCCACUCAUGACCUGGAAAUGACUCCCCCCGAUGAUCAGAGAAUGAGGGACUACUACAUCACCAUGGUGAAAUGGGCCACCAGCACCAAGGUGGCAGUGAACUGGCUGAACAGGGCCCAGAACGUGUCGAUCCUGACGCUCUGCGACGCCACCACGGGGGUCUGCACCAAGAAACAUGAAGAUGAGAGUGACGCCUGGCUGCACAGACAGAAUGAAGAGCCCAUUUUUUCCAGGGACGGUCGGAAGUUUUUCUUCGUCCGGGCCAUUCCUCAGGGAGGACGUGGGCAUUUCUACCACAUCGCCAUGUCAUCGUCACAGCCCAACAGUAGCAAUGACGAUUUACAGGCCAUUACGUCUGGAGAUUGGGAUGUGACAAAGAUACUGGCAUAUGAUGAAAAGAGGCAGAAAAUUUAUUUCCAUAGCACAGAAGAUUCACCAAGAAGGAGACAUUUAUACAGUGCAAGCACAAAUGGGAACUUCAACAGGAGGUGCCUGUCCUGUGAUCUGAUUGAAAACUGCACUUACUUCAGUGCAUCCUUCAGCCACAAUCUGGAAUACUUCCUCCUGACAUGUGAAGGUCCCCGUGUCCCGAUGGUGACUGUUCACAACACAACGGAUGCACAGAAAAUUUUUGAGCUGGAGGUAAAUGAAAAUGUGCAGCUGGCUGUAAAUGACAGGCAAAUGCCUAAGGUAGAAUACAUGGAAAUCAAGAUAGAUGAUUACAGAUUGCCAAUGCAGAUCUUGAAGCCAGCAACCUUUGCGGACACCGCACACUACCCCUUGCUUUUGGUUGUAGAUGGGACACCCGGCAGCCAGAUCGUCACGGAGAGGUUUGAGGUGACGUGGGAGAGCGUCAUGGUCAGCUCCCACAACGCCAUCGUGCUCAAGUUCGACGGCCGCGGCAGCGGCUUCCAGGGCGCCAAGCUCCUGCACGAGGUCAAGAGGAGGCUGGGCCUUUUGGAGGAGAAGGAUCAGCUGGAAGCUGUCCGGACAAUGCUGCAGGAGCAUUUCAUUGAUAAAACAAGGGUCGGUGUCUUUGGGAAGGAUUAUGGUGGUUACCUGAGCACUUACAUGCUUCCAGCUGGUGAAGACAACCAGGUGUUCACCUGUGGAGCUGCUCUUUCCCCAGUGACAGACUUCAGACUGUAUGCUUCAGCCUUUUCUGAAAGAUACUUGGGCUUGCACGGGGUUGAUAACAGAGCAUACGAGAUCAGCAAAUUAUCACACAGAGUAUCAUUACUAAAGGAGCAGACAUUUUUGAUCAUUCAUGCUACUGCUGAUGAAAAAAUCCAUUUUCAGCAUACUACGGACCUUAUCACACACCUAAUUAGGGCAAAGGCUAAUUACAGCUUACAGAUUUACCCUGAUCAAAGCCAUUACUUCAGCAAUGCAGCAUUUGAGCAGCACUUGUACCAGUCCAUUGUCAACUUCUUUGUGGAGUGUUUCCAGGUUCCAGACAAACUCCCGCUAGCCCCACUGAAAGAGGAGGAGGAGGAUGAUUAA